CUUCGGUUUCCCUAGCCGGGGUUUGCCGCCGCGGUUCCCGCGACCCCAACGUCCCAGAGGCGGGGCAGAGUCGGCGGAGGCGCUCCUUGGAGCCGACCUCUGUUCCGGCCCAACAAACAGACCCUGGAUCGGCGAAGGUUGCGGAUACUGAGCAUUUGAAAUUGAAUAAAUCAUUACAAAGAAUUAUGGAGACUCUUGCAGGAUCGCAGAUGAAUAUCAGGUUUCCUACAAGCAAGAUGGUACCUUUCUACUUUCCGCCAUCAAAAUGUGCACUUUGGAACCCUACACCGAUUGGAGAUUUCAUCUACUUACGUCUCAAUUACUACAGAAAUCCAAAACUUGUGGUAACUGAAAAGACCAUCCGACUUGCUUGUCGUCAUGCUAAGCAGAAUAAAAAAAAUUUGCCAUGCUUUUUACUUGGUUCUCUCACAAUAGAUGAAGAUGAAGAAGGUGUGACAUUGACAGUAGAUCGCUUUGAUCCUGGUCGAGAAGUACCUGAAUGCUUACAAAGAAUCCCUACUGCUUCUCUUCCUGGGGACUUCGUGAUUCCAUGCAAAGUUCAAACUCAGGGACUUUGUUCAAGAGAAAUAAUAGUUCACAAUGCAGAUGACUACAGUUCAACUUUUAAAGCUCUGCAGCACCAUGUAUGUAGCAAAGAUUCCUUGGAUUGUGGUAAACUGCUUUCCCUGAGAGCACAUAUCACUUACCGGGAGAAUUUGGACAGUGUGGAUUUUGACUUGCAUUGGGCAGCAGUAACUCUGGCAAAUACCUUUAAAUGCACACCUGUGAAGCCCAUCCCCAUUAUUCCAACAGCUCUGGCAAGAAACUUGAGCAGUAAUUUGAAUAUUUCUCAAGUUCAAGGUACCUAUAAAUAUGGAUAUCUUACCAUGGACGAAACCCGUAAGUUGUUGCUUUUGUUGGAAUCUGAUCCCAAGGUUUAUUCUCUGCCAUUAGUGGGAAUUUGGCUGUCUGGGAUUAUACAUAUCUAUAGUCCUCAGGUAUGGGCUUGCUGCUUGCGAUAUGUGUUUAGUUCUUCCAUUCAGGAAAGAGUUUUUUCAGAAUCUGGAAAUUUCAUUGUAGUUCUCUAUUCUGUGACACAUAAGGAUCCUGAAUUUUAUGAAUGCCUCCAUUGCAAUGACAGGUUACCCAACCUUCGAUUCCAGCUAAUAACCAGCAAGGAAACACUACAUUUUUUCAAAAAUGUUGAACCUUCUGACACAAAACCAAUCCAUUUUGAACUGAGAGCUGAAAGCCAAAAUGCAGAAACAGAGUUUUUCAACAAAGUUUCCAAGAAUCUUUCAAUUAAGAGGUCUUCCCAAACGUUAUCUCCAGGGAAAAUGCCAAUAAAUGAUCCUGAUUCUGGUGUUGAAGAUGAAGAUUUUUCUCCAAGACCAAUUCCUAGUCCUCAUCCAGUAAGUCAGAAGGUUUCUAAGAUCCAACCAUUAGUUCCUGAACUUUCACUUGUGUUGGAUGGCAAUUUCAUGGGAUCAAACCCUCUGCCCAAUCCAUUGGAAAUGGUGAAUAAUGAAAAUCCUUUGUUGAAUAAUCACUGUGAACACUUGGAGCCUUUGCAAUCCCAGCUUUAUGAUGAGAAACAAAGCCCGGAAACUGAAGCUGGAGAGCCUUGCUUGAGAGGACCACCAAAUCAGUUGAACCAGGGCACUGUUCCUUUGAGACACUGUAAAAUAAGGCAGUCAUCCUCCUGUAAGAAAGGGAACCCCCAUAUGAGGAAUGGUGUUAAACCGUCUUCUCUUAAUGGGCCAUCUCCUGAUACAUCUGAAAAGUUUCAAACAAUUUCUGCUGGAAAUGUACACAAAGAAGAGUAUCCUAUAAGAUCCUCCACACUUAAUUCCAAGCCUUCUUCUCUUGCCCCACAGUCCCACCCACAUAAUUUGUUUUCACCCCAUAAUUCAGGGAGACCAAUGGAAUUCCAGAUACCUACUCCCCCUCCACCAUCUUUCUAUCCCACAAAUGUUUGCAGUUGUUGUCAGCAUCAUGGGCCUAUUCAAUGUACUCCAAUAAAUUCUUGGCAAGGAAUGAACACUGUAGGAUCCAUUCAAGACCUCCAGUCUGAAGCUCUUCAAAAACAUUCAUUAUUUCACUCUAGUGCAUGUCCAACUCUGUGCCAUAAUGCUUUCUACUCCUCAAGUAGUCCUAUAGCUUUGAGACCUCAGGGCAGCUUGGGUGGUGGUUCUCCACACGGCAGUGUAGAUCCAUUGCCUGCUGCAAGAUUACCGUCACAUGUGGACACUUGUCACCCACGGCCUUGUGCAGCUUGCAUGCACACACCCAAGACUGGGUCAGAGGAUGGAAUGAUGGGACUCUCUCCGGAUGCUUAUAGAUUCCUCACAGAACAAGACAAACAGCUGAGACUACUUCAAGCACAGAUUCAGCGUUUAUUGGAAGCACAAUCUCUGCAGCCCUGUUCCCCGAAGGCAGCGGCUGUUGAGGACACAGUGCAAGCUGCAAGACAAAUGGAGUUGGUGUCCAUGGAAGCACAGUCUUCCCCUAGUUUGCACAUGAGGAAAAGUGUAAGCAUUGCUGUAAGCACAGGCGCUAGCUUGUUUUGGAAUGCAGCAGGUGAUCAAGAGCCUGAAUCUCAGCUGAAGCAAGAUGAUACCAAGAUUUCCAGUGAGGACAUGAAUUUUUCAGUUCAUAUUAAUAAUGAAGUCACAAGUCCUCCAGGUAGUGCAUCUUCAUUAAAAGCAGUUGAUAUUCCCAGUUUUGAAGAGAGCAACAUUGCUAUAGAAGAAGAAUUUAAUCAACCACAUUCUGUAUCCAACUCUUCUCCACUUGUAAGAAAAGAGCCUGAUGUGCCUGUGUUCUUUCCGAAUUCCCUGCUGGCAGAGAAUGUAAGCAUGUGUUUGCAGACUGGACCAACAGAGGGCACCAGUAACAACUCUGUAACAUCUGGGGAACCAAAAAUUGAGCAAGUUACGCAAUCUUUGCCUCAUCAACCAUCAGAUAAUCAGAAAAUAUAUCAGGAUUUAUUGGGUCAAGUGAACCACCUAUUAAAUAAUUCCCCCAAAGAAACUGAGCAACCAUCUACUAAAGCAGUAAUUAUCAGCCAUGAAUGUACCAGAACCCAAAAUGUCUACCAUGCAAAGAAGAAAAAGCAUGAUUCAGGCUUGGUGGACAAAGAUUGUGUUCUUAAUGCAACCCUUAAGCAACUAAGAAGCCUUGGAGUAAAAAUUGAUUCUCCCACUAAAGUGAAGAAAAAUGCACAUAAAGUAGAUCAUGCCAGUGUAUUGGCCUGCAUCAGCCCUGAAGCAGUGAUCUCUGGAUUAAACUACAUGUCAUUUGCUAAUGUUGGCGUGAGUGGCUUAAGCCCCAAUGGUGUGGAUUUGAGCAUGGAAGCAAAUGCUAUAGCUCUGAAAUAUUUAAAUGAAAAUCAGCUGUCACAGCUGUCUCUGUCUCGAUCAAACCAAAAUAACUGUGACUCAUCUUUUAGCCUUUUUCAUAUUAAUACAGACAGAAGCACAGUGGGGCUUAGUUUAAUUUCACCAAACAACAUGUCAUUCGCAACCAAAAAAUACAUGAAGAGAUAUGGACUCAUACAAAGCAGUGACAAUAGUGAAGAUGAAGAGGAGCCCCCAGACAGUACAGAGAUCAAGAGUGAACAUUUAUUGAAUCAAAACCCUACAUCCAUACCUGAACAACUUGGUUGUCAGAAAGAGCCUUCUCGAAAUGCCUGUGAAAUAAUUAAUUGUUAUAACUGUGACUCUGUGGGCACUUACACAGACAUGCCAGUAUUGAAAAAUAUUACAAAUGAAGUUGUUCAGCCAAAAGCAACACGGCAGUUGGAUGAAAACCCAGCCUUCUUAUUAAAGAACCUAAAACCAAGUCCUGCAAUGAAUCUCCGACCUGGAAAAGCAGAGUUUACCCCGCAUCCUGAGAAAGAAAAUGAGAGGGACAUUCCUGUUUUCCCUGAAAGUUUGAAACCCUCUGAAAGUUUAAAGCAAAUGAAUAGUAUGAAUUCAGUAGGCACUUUUCUAGAUGUAAAGCGUCUCAGACAGUUGCCAAAAUUGUUUUAAAUAUUUAGCUCCCUACUCUCCUGAUAGGAGGAUGGACUGUCCCUUGAAGAUAUUUAAAGAAACCAGUGUCUUUGGGUAGUUUGGGGAUUCCUAGUCAUUCUAGGAGUUACCUGUUUCUUGGCAACAGCUGAUUACAAAGAGCUUAACAAGUGACCUGAUGAGAUAUUUACUAGUAGGGUGCUAAGUCCUCUUUGUUCAGGUAGAGUUAUUCAGCGUCACUGAAACCUUUUUUAAAAAAACAAUUCCUGAGAUCAGUUAUUUCAACAAAUUUAGGCGAAUUUUGAUUCUGGACUCCUGUUUUAUACUCUGCCAUUUGAAAAGUAAGUCUUUUCCUAGUGUGUUGCAUCUGUGCAUCUGUUUACCCAGAAUCACCUAAAAGAACGGGUAAUAACAUUAUCAUGACCCUGACUAAAUUAGCUGAGUCGACCCUUAUUGAAUUUAAGGGGAAACUUUUAUUUUAAAAAAUAAUAACAUCUUUUAUACAAAUAGUGUAUAUGUCCUUAAUUAAGAUGCAUCUUUUGCAAUCUGGUGGGUUGUUGUUAAUGUAAUCUUUUCAACAUACAGCACUAGCUAUCACAGAAUAAGAAAAUUAUUAGGUAUGAGUGUGUAUUAUAAACUUUGUUUUCAAAUGUUUUAAUUUUUUAAUAGAACUUAAAUAAAAUUGUCUACACCGACUGUUUUCUUUUGUCCUCAGCAAUAGUUUAUUAUUCCCCACUUUAAAAAGCAAAACUUUUAGGUUCCUAAAUAGUUACAAGUUUAGA